ACAAACUUGUCAGCCAGCAGCAGCAGCAAGACAAGAAAUUUAUCGUUAGAAAAAAUCAUAACAAUCAAAAGUGGUGGCCAGUAGUUGCAUAAACAAUUUUUUUUUAUUUGUAUUUCUUAUCUUGUUUCACCUGUUUAUUACCCCAAAAACAGCAGGUGUAUUUAUCAUUAUUCUACCACAUCACAAAAUAAAAAUUUAUAUCAAAGAAAUACAAAAGAAAAACAAAAAGAAAAAAAUGACUGCUAGGAAUCCCCAAACCCUUAUGGCUGUGCCAAAUGAAGAAAGUUUUGAUUUUCUUUUUAAAAUUGUCCUAAUCGGUGAUUGUGGAACUGGUAAAACUUGUAUUGUCGAACGCUUUAAAACGGGCAACUAUGUCGAACGUCACGGCAAUACAAUAGGUGUUGAUUUUUCAAUGAAAACUAUUGCCAUUGAAGGGAAACAAGUUAAGUUACAAAUAUGGGAUACAGCUGGUCAGGAACGCUUCCGAACGAUAACACAAAGUUAUUAUCGUUCAGCAAAUGGAGUUAUCAUUGUAUAUGACAUCACAAAACGUUCAUCAUUCACAAAUCUUCAAAAAUGGAUUGAAGAAGUUCGUCGUUAUACAGCAUCGAAUGUUCUACUAAUAUUAAUCGGUAACAAGUGUGAUCUCGAAGAAGAACGAGAAGUUUGCUUCGAAGAAGCCGAAGAAAUGUGCCAAUAUAUUCCAGAAAUUCUUUUCGUUAUGGAAACGUCAGCGAAGGAGAAUACAAAUGUUGAAGAUGCUUUCACCUGCCUAGCUGCUGAAUUAAAGAGAAAACACAGCGCAUUAGAUGUCGAAAAUCAAGAAGAGAGCGGCAUCCAUCUGGGCCAAAGCAAACCAUUGAAAAGUUGCAGCAGUUCUUGUAAUCUUACAUAGAAACAAAUUAAAUUUUUCGUGUUAUUUAUACUUCUGUUUAUGAUGAUGAGAUUUGUCUCUGGUGAUUUGUUUUAAUAUUUUUUGUUUGUUUUUUUUUUUUU